GGACCAGAACCAUAUUUCUACAGUUCACGGAGAUCUGAUGGAGUGUGGAUUUUACUUAAAGUAAAACAGGAGCUAGGAGCACAUACAUGAGAAGAUAUAUUAAGAAAGCAGUGUUUGGGGAUCUCUGAAAACACAAAUCAAAACACCAGCCCCGAAGCCCCAACCCCUUGGCUAGCUCUUAUGGGAAUGAAACACUCCUCCCGAUGCCUGCUCCUGAGAAGGAAAAUGGCGGAGAACGCUGCCGACAGCACCGAGGUUUGCCCCAUACCACCCCAGCCUCCUCAGCCUACUGUUGUUCCAAAGCCAGUUCAAUCUGUCAUACAUGUCCCAUUGCAACCAAGCUGCCCAGGCCGAGGCAAGAUGGCAAAACUCAUCAAUCCAGAAGAGAUGACAUCCAGGGAUUAUUACUUUGAUUCCUAUGCUCAUUUUGGAAUUCAUGAGGAAAUGUUAAAGGAUGAAGUGCGCACAUUAACCUAUAGAAACUCAAUGUAUCACAAUAAACAUGUUUUUAAAGAUAAGAUUGUCCUCGAUGUUGGAAGUGGCACAGGAAUCCUCUCCAUGUUUGCUGCAAAGGCAGGAGCCAAGAAGGUAUAUGGGAUCGAAUGCUCAAGUAUAUCUGACUAUUCAGAAAAAAUUAUCAAGUCGAACCACUUGGACCACAUAAUCACAAUAUUUAAAGGUAAAGUGGAAGAAGUUGAAUUACCUGUGGACAAAGUAGACAUCAUCAUCAGCGAGUGGAUGGGUUACUGUCUGUUCUAUGAGUCAAUGUUAAACACAGUCAUCUUCGCACGAGACAAGUGGCUGAAACCUGGAGGGCUAAUGUUUCCAGACCGAGCUGCUUUGUACGUGGUAGCAAUUGAAGACAGACAGUACAAGGACUUCAAAAUUCACUGGUGGGAGAAUGUGUACGGCUUUGACAUGACCUGUAUUAGGGAUGUUGCCAUGAAGGAGCCUUUGGUGGACAUAGUAGAUCCAAAGCAAGUGGUGACCAAUGCCUGUUUAAUAAAGGAAGUUGAUAUUUAUACAGUGAAGACUGAAGAAUUGGCAUUUACUUCUGCAUUCUGCCUCCAAAUUCAGCGUAAUGAUUACAUUCAUGCCUUGGUCACCUAUUUUAAUAUCGAAUUUACGAAGUGCCACAAGAAGAUGGGAUUUUCUACAGCACCUGAUGCUCCCUAUACUCACUGGAAGCAAACUGUCUUCUACUUAGAGGACUAUUUAACUGUGAGACGAGGAGAAGAAAUCUAUGGGUCUAUAUCCAUGAAACCAAAUGCAAAAAAUGUGCGUGACCUGGAUUUCACAGUAGACUUGGAUUUUAAAGGACAGCUAUGUGAAAUGUCAGUAUCUAAUGACUACAAAAUGCGCUAGCAAAAAACCUUUCAGAGAUGAAAAGGAGAAUUUUAUCAAGUCCUGAACUGCUGAACUUCAAGCUAGGAGCAACUUUUUACAAGAUCGUUAUACGAAGUACUAGAAUGUUUACCUGGAUGGAAAGCGGUAACCUGAUUCUUCUUGCAGAAAGUACAGGGGGCUGGGAUCCCACUGUGAAUGUACAGUAUACAGAACUGUAGCUUUUGUCAAACAUAUAGGAAAAUAAGCAGCAGUCUUGACUGUUCUGGUUAACUUUAGGACGGCAGAAGAUGCAUAUACAAAUUGUACUACUUACUGUGAAUUUCUGGUUCUUCCAAGCUUUGCAUGUUAAAGGUGAUUAGGGCAGUUUUCUCACUAUGGAAGACCACUACAGCACAUUACUGUGAUACUAUUACUGGACUUAUAUUCAAUAUAAAUGAAUAUAUAUAUUGUAUAUGAGAAAAAGAUAUCAUUUCAUAAUAGGGACUUGUUUUGUGAUUAUUUAAUUCUCAUUAUGCAGUUAUGGAAAGGUAAUGAUGUUGCCUCUGGCACUACUCUAGGCAGUGAUACAGUCCAUUAACUGUCCAAAGUUAUAGCUUUGGUAAAUAUUCCAUGCAAACUGUAGAUAAGAGCUGGGCAUUUAUGGAAAGUUCAAAAGCUAUCUUUUUGAAUGUUCUCUGGAAAAUGUGGACCAUUAGUUUUAAAAUUCACCUUCACAAAUGGAUGUCUAUCAGAGCUUUAAAAAAAAUAGCUUUUUAUCCUUGAAAAUAUUUUGUGGUGAGUUUUUAUAGGUGGAUUUUGCAUGAGAUCUUCUGAAAUCAGACAUCUAAGUAUUUAAAUGUGAUGAAUGCAGAGCCUCUGAAAUGGUGGCUAAUACAUGUUUCUUGGCCAUGCCAUACUUAAGUUCUUUGCAAGACUCUUAAUACAAAAUAAUAAUAAAAAAAAAGUAAAAUAGGAAUUAGUGUUUUCUUUUGGUGAUGUUUUAGGUAUGUUUUAAAUUGCAAAAACUGCUCUCAAGAGUGCAGUGAUUUGCAGGAACAAGCUAAUGUCUAUGGAAAAAAAGUCAAUGGCUUCUGAUAUUACUAAGAUGUCUGUAGCUUCCCCAUCCCCUUACACCACUUCUUCUUCUUACAAUAUCUCCUUCUUAUUGUUAAAAUAUUAACUGAUUAUAAUUCUUCAUAUGUAUCAAGUCUUUUUGCUAUAUGAAUGUUGACCAUUUAAUCACAUGCAAUUCGAGAAAACUGCAUCAUCGGUCCCAUCUACCUAUUUUCCAGUCUGCCAUUAGGCAUCAACUAA